AUUUCCGCUCAGCGCUGAUUGGCUCGUUUCCGGGUGAAGCCCCGCCCCUGUGUGUGUGUUGCUUUGAGACCUGUGAUUGCUCCUCGGGAAGGCGGAAGUGGACGCGAGUUCCGGGUGAGCGGCACAGAGCGGUAAUUGGGAGUUUUGUGAGUGUAUAAGGAAAAGAGGACUCGCCUGAUGGAACCCGUCAGUGCAGCAACAUGUCCCUUCUUAAUGACGUCACAGGGCCGUUCCUGUCAGAGCUGAGUGCCGCGAUCGUGUGUCUGCUCAUGUCAUCUCUCCUGUCUCAGUGACAUCACUCCGCCGUCUGCUAACCUCACCUACGUCCCUGAACAUGGCUCCUGUUCCUCCUUGCAUUCGAUUCCUGACGUCUUUUAACCGGGACAAAUGGUACCGAGCCUUCACAUUUGUCCUAACCUUCUUACUCUACACCAGUUUCCACCUUUCCAGGAAGCCCAUCAGCAUUGUAAAGAGUGAACUCCAUAAGAACUGUACACUGACUAGAGAUGUGACGUCGACUGUAAAAGACAUCAGCAGUCAGCAACCUGUUAUCACUGAAAUAGACUGCAGCUGGAAACCAUUUGAUAAAGGAAACUAUAAGCAGCUGCUGGGGGCGAUGGACUACUCCUUCCUGUGUGCUUAUGCUGUAGGCAUGUAUCUGAGUGGGAUUAUUGGCGAGCGUUUGCCCAUCCGCCUCUACCUGAGCGUGGGGAUGCUGACCAGCGGCUUCUUCACCUGUCUGUUCGGACUCGGAUACGUCUACAACAUUCACAACCUCGGAUUCUACAUCUUCGUCCAGGUUGCCAAUGGAUUGGUGCAGACUACUGGCUGGCCCAGUGUGGUGACCUGCAUUGGGAACUGGUUUGGCAAGGGCAGGCGAGGUCUGAUCAUGGGACUGUGGAACUCUCACACCUCUGUUGGGAACAUCCUGGGUUCUCUAAUCGCUGGGUACUACGUGUCAUCUAACUGGGGGCUGUCCUUCAUCGUCCCUGGCAUCAUCAUCGCGGUCAUGGGCAUCAUCUGCUUCCUCUUCCUUAUUGAGCACCCGAAUGAUCUGAAAGCUGCUACCGCUCAAAAUGCCGUCAACAGUCACCAGAAGUUGCACAAAAGCUGGAAUGGGGUUAACAGCCAUAAAGACCUGUACCUGCAGUAUAAACAAGGAGCAAACACCCAGAGCUCUGAUACAGAGCUGUUGUUGGGGCAGGACAGUGUCGGAGUGUGUGUUCCUGUGCAGCAGGUGGUCGUAGUGAAGAGUGAGGCAGAGCCGGGUGCCAUUAGUUUCAUGGGAGCUUUACGUAUACCGGGUGUGGUGGAAUUCUCUCUGUGUCUGCUGUUUGCGAAGCUCGUCAGCUACACCUUUCUCUUCUGGCUGCCCCUCUAUAUCACUAAAGCAGCUCACCUUGACGCAAAGAAGGCAGGAGAUCUCUCCACCCUGUUUGAUGUGGGAGGAAUCGUCGGUGGAAUCUUGGCAGGAGUGUUCUCGGAUAAAUCGGGAAAGAGAGCCACUACCUGUGCCGUGAUGCUGCUCCUGGCUGCUCCAACACUUUACGGCUUUUCCAUGAUGAGCCAGUUCGGUCUGGGUCCCACUAUCAGCAUGCUGUUGGUGUGUGGAGGGUUAGUGAACGGACCUUAUGCCCUCAUCACGACCGCUGUGUCUGCUGAUCUGGGCACCCAUAAGAGCCUAAAAGGCAAUGCCCGCGCUCUGUCAACAGUCACGGCCAUUAUCGAUGGGACAGGCUCUGUUGGUGCUGCAAUCGGCCCCCUGCUGGCCGGGCUGCUCUCUGCACACGGCUGGGAUCAGGUCUUCUACAUGCUCAUGACGGCAGACUUUCUUGCACUACUGCUGUUGCUGCGACUGGUGUUGAAGGAGAUGAAGUCAAACAAGAAUCGUCCGAGAGCAUCAGUCGAACUGAAGGAGCACUGAGCACUUUGCACUAAAUUGGAGCGGAAGAGGUCGACUCUGGACCUUCUACGCUUCCCAACCAGGAAAAACAUCUUGAAUCUGUUCUCAGAACCAGACCUCCUGCCCUUUGGCUUGAUCAUGUCCACUGUGUGCUUUGUGCUACUCUUGACUUGUAAAGGAACAAAAUUGAAGCUUGAACUCUUUACCAUCGCUGUAGCCCGAGUAGCAGCCUGUUAAAAGUCUGUAUUCUUUACCUGCUGUAUCGCGAGCUCAAGUCCUGCUCCACUUAUUUCUUCAAACCAAUGAAGUUCUUUAGACAUUUACAUGUGAGCUGGAUCAGAUCGGAUCAGUGAAGGAAUCAAGCAUAGUCUAAACGUUUAUCACUGCCUUCCAUGUCCGUCUGUGUGUAAGUGUCCUUGUAAUAAGGUUUCACCGAGUUAACCUGUAUGAGGUGUCGGUAUUUAUUUUGAAUAUGUAAUAAUAUUUAUUCAUGGAAUAUAGGAGCUUUUCACAAUCCACUUAUUAAUCAGAAAGAGAUUGAUAUUUAAAGGUGCGGUGGGUGUUUUGUGUGUGUGAUUAUUAUUUUUUUUUUUUAUAAUUUCCAACUCGGAUUCACAAUAUUCAGUACAUCUUAGUAGUUUCUUCACUUUAGGCUGCUGCUUAAUUUAUUUCUGGGCCUGAAAAUAGCCCCACCCCACCCAGCCUUUCAUCAUUUUUUUUUUGCUGAAAAGCAGCUCAUGAAGUAAAUGCCAUUUCGAGAGAGAGGGGUUAGUUAGAUGAGGAGGUAUGACGACGAAAGCUUGCAAAAAUGUUCUUUUUGCAGCAAGAGGCUCUAAAAGUUGCUUACUGCUCCUUUAAUUAAUAGUGUGUUUUCACAGGUAAUAAAUCCAUUCAUGGGAUAAAGCGAACAGGCUUUAAUUUAACUGCAGAGCUUCUGUGGGAACGUAAAUCAACCUCGUGAACACAUUGCACAUUUCGGCUUGAUGAGUUCUGUAAACCUCACCCAACCCGGCCCGGUAUCGAGUGCAUACACACAGUCCAAGACACAGAUGUGUAGCAUCCAUUGCGUGACCAGAACUUGGACAGUGAACUUCCUCCCAUGUUCCUAAUAAUCGAUUAAAGCUAAAAGUUUUCGUAGCACUUUUCACGCUAAAAGCUUCGCAUGACGUCAGUUCCGUAAUGCUGACUGGUUUCAGUAGACUUCCAUUCUUUCAAGAUUUUUUUUUCUUUCCAGCUUGCGUUCAAACCUUUUUCUCCUUUUCCUUCUGUGUAAAACACGAUCUCCAGCUGUCCUACUAAAUAUUCCAAGCACAUGAAGUGUACAGAUAAAUAUCGUGUGUGUGUGUGAGAGAAUAGGAGGAUGUUGUUAAUAUAUUGUUCUUCAUUCACAUCUGCCUUUCUACAAACCAAAGUCAAAUCUUACAUGUUAUUUAUGUAUAAAUAUUAUAUUUGGUUUAUUUAAAUAUUGUGUUUUAAAUACUGUGGAACAGAUUGUAUUGAGAUUCAUAUUGUUUUUGUUUAUUUAGGACAGAUUUAGAGAAAUGUAAUCUCUCCUCUGACUGUUUUUACUUAAAUGCAGUGUGUGUGUAGGACUGUGUUCUGUACUGUGGUGUUAGACGACUUGAAGGAAGCCUCUCGUUUUUCUGUUAUCAUGGAGGGUUUUUUUUAAGAUAUUGUAGGGACAUGAUCCACUGUUAAGUUUCAGUAACACGUGACCAUGAAAGACGGAGUAUACAGGAGGCAAACACAAGGGGUUAAAAAUGAUUCCCCAUUAAACUGGACACUUUGAGUAAAAUGCCAUGAUGAAUGAAGGACGAUGCCGUUGAAUCUGAUCUGUGACCCAUCUGUAAAUGGGCGUCACACUAUAGAUGAUGGAAUGUAUUUUUUUUUUAAAUGUUUUUUUGGGGCUUUUUGCACCUUUUAUUAGAUAGGACAGUGUAGAGACAGGAAAUGAGCGGGAGAGAGAGACAGGGAGGGAUCAGGAAAUGACCUCGGGCCGGAAUCAAACCCGGGUCCCCGGAUUUAUGGUAUGGCGCCUUAUCCACCUGAGCCACAACGCCUCCAUGGAAUGUAUUUUUGUAUGAGUAAGUUGCGUCUAAUUCUUUACUGGCGUUAAAACAUGAUUGUGCCUUGUUUUUUUAUUUUAUUCUUCUUUAUAUGGGUUUGUCCGUUGAACUCCUUUAGAAACUCAUUGCAGUAGCUGCAGGGAAGUCACUGUGUAUAAAGGAAUUAAAAUGAUUGGGAGCAUUAUUAUUAUUGUUAUUAUUAGUAGUAGUAGUAGUAGUAUUAAAGAGGAAUAUCCACUGUUUCAGUUGUAAUAUUUGAAGCUAAAAAGUAGAUUUGGGCAAGUCUGUCUCUCUCUCUCUGUCUGUCUGACUCGCUCUCACUCACAGUGUGUGUGUUGGUCUCUCUAUCUCUCUGUGUCUCUCUCUCUCUGUCUCAUAUAUAUAUUAAUUACAGAACAUUGUUUCCAUUUAUUUAAACUACCUGACCUUGGAGAUAAACCUUCUUACCUCAGAA